UAGCAAUUGUUAUGUACUAAACAUAUUUCUGAUAAAAUAUUUUGUAAACGGCUACAUAUUAAAAGAAUAAAUUAAUUAAAAGCUUACAGUGUUUAAUAAUUUGUGCUAAUAAUGAAAGAUAAAUAGUGUUUGUUGUUAUUUUCGAUGUGGAACAUGUUUGACGUUUGAACAAAGUGGAAACUUUAACAAAUGCUGAUAUUUAUUUCCUGACUAAAUGAGAAAUAAACAAAAAAGUAGAUUUCAGGCAUAAAAUGAAUCCCUCUGAAAUGAGAAUGAUGUGGAUGAGCCACUACAAUCCAGAUCGUAUCUCCUUGGAGGAUGCUGCAACAUUAUUUGGGCAUUCAUCUGUGGGGUUGUCGGUAAUGGAUGAUAUAACUCAUCAACCAACAAUGGAUUUAAAUCCAAUGAUGAGCAUUGUUGGGGGGGAAUAUAGUGGUCAGGCGGCAGCAGCAGCUGUAGCAGCUGCUUCAUCUGCGGCUGCAGCAGCUGCGCUGGGAGUUCAACCAACACUGAUUGCCAAUUCGAAUGAAAUAUAUGGUCUAGCGCAAAUGGGCGGACUCCAUCAACAAUUAUUGCAACAAUCAGCAGCAGCUGUUUUUCAAAAUUAUGCCAGCAUUAUUGACGAUGAGGAGGCCGCGACUCACAAUGUAGAUGAAGAACAUACUCUUGGCACAGAUUAUAUAUCAACGGAUGAUACACAACAAGUUUAUGAGAUUGAUGACGAUUAUGAUGAAGGCAUAGCAGGCCUAACACCGAAACAAGAAAUAAUAAAUAUUGAUGAUUUUGUUAUGAUGACUGAUUCAAAUUCUUAUGAUGGAACAGAGUUUAUGAGCUCCGAUAGAGAUAUAACAACUCAAACUAUAAAUAUACCUAAAACGCUUGAUGAUAAUGAUUUAUUAAUACCUGUUGAUGAGCAGAAACUAAGCAGUGCAUCUUCAAGUGAUAUUCGAACAAAUGCAGCAUCGACGUCAGCGACUACAUCUACUGGGACACAGCGUACCCAGCGCAAAACACGUAAAAUUGAACCAGUCAAUAGACCUGGUCUGGUGUUGAAGACACCAAUUGCAUAUAAGGGCAAUAUUGACCCUUCCGUUAUACCAAUUCAAAAAGAUGGAAUGGCUGUAUGUGAACGGUGUGGUGCUAUCGGCGUAAAACAUACAUUUUACACCAAAUCUAGACGUUUUUGCAGUAUGGCGUGCGCUCGCGGUGAGCUAUAUUCAUUAGUCCUUAAUGGAAAAAUGAUGGCAGGUAAUCAGCAGCAACAACAACAGCAGAUCCAACAGGAACAGCCUCAGUCAACAACGACAACUUUAGCAAAUGAACACACUAAUGAUGGCUUAAAUGAGGCUCAGGAUUCAAACCAAGAUCAUUCAAAAUUAGCGCAAAUUAACGGUUUAAGUGAAGCUGUGAUGACUAACAUACUAGCGGACAUGACAGUUGAGAAUUCUAACAUAAGUGAAAUAAAAGGAUCGUCAACCGGUUGCAGUGAUUCAUCUCUUGGUGCUAACAGUGAUGAUGGUACAAUGGCUAUAUCAACAACAAAGUCGCUUCGAAUGUUUGCAGAUAUGUUACCGCAAAAUGGUAUACCAAAAAUAGAUCAUCAUCUUCCGACAUGCCCGCAAUUAGAGAAGAUAAUUAGCAUACGUCGCCGUCAUGGGGAUCCUUCACAUUCGUAUGAUUGGACACCAAGGUUAUUAGAUGAGAAUUUUUAUGCGGCACCAGUAUCAUGUUUUCCACAUGCACCUGGGUAUGAGGUGUGGGAUAAUAUAGACGUUGAUAUGAAAGUUGAAGUUGAAAAUACGGAUUGUGAUAACCUGGAAGUUAUACAGCCAGGACAAACACCUCAUUCAUUUUGGGUGGCGACUAUAUUAAAUAUAAGCGGAUAUAAAGCAUUAAUGCGUUAUGAAGGGUUUGACGAAUCUGAUAACGAUUUUUGGGUUAAUUUGUGUAAUUCUGAAGUCCAUUCAGUGGGCUGGUGUGCAACACGUGGUAAACCACUUAUACCGCCGCGCAGUAUUCAAAACAAAUACGGAGACUGGAUCGAUUUUUUGGUAGGGCGAUUAUCAGGCGCACGUACAUUGCCUUCUAGUUUUUAUAACAAAGUGAACGACAGCAUACAAUGUCGUUUUCGUAUCGGUUUAAAUCUCGAGUGUGUGGACAAGGAUUGCAUAUCCCAAGUGCGUUUAGCUACUGUUACUAAAAUUGUCGGCAAACGGUUGUUUUUACGUUAUUUUGAUUCCGAAGACGGAUUUUGGUGCCAUGAAGAUGCACCUAUCAUUCAUCCUGUGGGAUGGGCAACAACAGUAGGACAUAAUUUAUCAGCGCCGCAGGAUUAUCUGGAAAGAAUGCUGGCGGGUCGUGAAGCUAUGAUUGAAGUGCAUGAGGACGAUGCAACAAUAGAACUUUUUAAAAUGAACUUCACAUUUGAAGAAUAUUAUCCGGAAUCAAGAAAGAAUAGUUUUGUAGAAGGUAUGAAACUGGAGGCGGUAGAUCCCUUAAAUCUUUCGUCGAUUUGCGCCGCUACUGUUAUGGCAGUUUUAAAGUUUGGUUACAUAAUGAUACGCAUUGACUCUUAUCAACCUGACGCUUCCGGUUCUGAUUGGUUUUGUUACCAUGAAAAAUCACCAAGCAUAUUUCCCGUUGGUUUUUGUGAAUCAAAUAACAUUACUCUUACGCCACCCAACGGUUAUGAUGUAAACACUUUCAGUUGGGAAACAUAUUUGGAUGAAACAUGCAGCUUAGCUGCUGGACAACACUUAUUUCAUCGUAUUAUACCAGCCCACGGGUUUGAGGUUGGUAUGAGCCUUGAGUGUGCCGAUCUUAUGGAUCCACGUUUGGUAUGUGUCGCUACUGUAUCCCGAAUAGUUGGACGUUUACUUAAAAUACAUUUUGAUGGCUGGACUGAUGAAUAUGAUCAAUGGUUAGAUUGUGAAUCACCUGAUGUUUAUCCUGUAGGUUGGUGUGUACUUGUGGGACACAAGUUGGAAGGCCCACCAAUACAAGUUAAAACGACACCAAAAUUAAAACCACAAAAGAAACGAAAAAAGAAAUUCUCACCAACAUCAGCAAAUAAAAUACAUGAAAAUCAAAAUACAAUUAAACAACGCAGUAUGGCUUUAAAAAGUAAUCCACAUCUUCCAAAAUUAAACAUAAAAUCAGAAUUGAAAGCAGAACAACCUAACUCUACUUAUUAUGAUGAACAUGCCGAAAUUGAUGACGAUGAGUUUGAUGAUGAAAGCAUAAGUCAUCGCUCAAGUCAGUCUACACCGCAGUCUCUUGUUGCAGAAGUUGUCAGCAGUGCCAGUGAAAAAUUCUCACAACAAGUUUUGAAUGCAGCUCGUAUUAGCAAUAUGCAAACAGUCAAGAAGAGUGUAUCUCCAGCACCACCAAGCAUAGGGCGUAAAGCAACAAGUUAUAUUGGAAAUUCAUCAGUUAGCAGUAGUAAAUACAUUCCACGUUUAACUGAUUCAAACGACAUAUCCAGCACUUCAAAUAAUAAUUCCUACUUAACUGUUACUACCAGUGAUGCACAAACGGAACUCACGCCUGACAAUUGGAAUGUUUAUGAUGUGUCGCAAUUUUUACGUGUUAACGAUUGCACAGCGCAUUGCGAUACAUUUAGUCGCAAUAAAAUCGAUGGCAAGCGUUUAAUGGAAUUAUCAAAAGACGAAAUUAUAACGAUGUUUGGUAUGAAAGUUGGCCCUGCGCUUAAAAUAUUUGAUCUAAUACAGCAGCUCAAAUGUAAAAUAAAUCCAAGCAAAUCGAGACUGCAUAAGGCGAAUAAAUCAUUUUUAUAGUGCCUUCAGAAAUGUCCUUGUCAAGAGAAACAACUACCUACAUAUAAAUUUAAGCGUAAUCUUAUUGCUUUAAUAAUUAAUAUUAUUAAAUAUUUCUCAUUAUAGUAAAGUUCA